AUGCUGGAAAGGAAAUUGGCGGAUGCUGAGGUUUCUGAAGAAGAGCAAAACAACAUCCUGAAGUAUCUAGAGAAUAAGGAAAGAGAAUAUAUGCGUCUUCAAAGGCAUAAAAUGGGCGCUGAUGAUUUUGAGCCACUGACAAUGAUAGGAAAGGGCGCAUUUGGAGAGGUUAGAGUAUGUAGGGAGAAGACAACAGGUCAUGUAUAUGCCAUGAAAAAGCUUAAGAAGUCGGAAAUGCUUCGCAGAGGCCAGGUUGAACAUGUCAAAGCAGAAAGGAAUCUACUUGCGGAGGUCGACAGCAAUUGCAUUGUCAAGCUUUAUUGUUCCUUCCAAGAUGAGGAGUAUCUCUAUCUCAUUAUGGAAUACCUACCUGGUGGAGAUAUGAUGACUUUACUUAUGCGGAAGGAUACAUUAACUGAAGAUGAGGCCAGGUUUUAUGUUGGGGAAACAGUCCUAGCUAUUGAAUCCAUCCAUAAGCAUAAUUAUAUUCAUAGGGAUAUCAAGCCCGACAACUUGCUACUUGAUAGAUAUGGCCACAUGAAAUUGUCGGAUUUUGGAUUAUGUAAACCACUGGACUGCAGUAAUCUACAUGAGAAGGAUUUUACUGUGGGAAGUAACCUUAGUGGGGCUCUUCAAAGUGAUGGACGGCCUUUAAAGCCAAAGCGCACCCAGCAGGAGCAACUGCAGCAUUGGCAGAGGAAUAGGAGGAUGCUUGCUUAUUCCACUGUGGGGACACCUGAUUAUAUCGCUCCAGAAGUUUUGCUGAAGAAAGGAUAUGGAAUGGAAUGUGAUUGGUGGUCUCUUGGUGCUAUUAUGUACGAAAUGCUUGUGGGAUAUCCACCUUUUUAUUCAGAUGAACCUAUGUCUACCUGCAGGAAGAUAGUGAACUGGAGAAGUCAUUUAAAAUUUCCAGAAGAAGCAAAGCUAUCUCCAGAAGCAAAAGAUCUUAUUUGUAAACUUUUAUGUAAUGUAGAUCAGAGGCUUGGUACCAAAGGCGCAGAUGAAAUAAAGGCUCACCCAUGGUUCAGAGGUAUUGAAUGGGACAAAUUGUAUCAAAUGAAAGCUGCAUUUAUUCCAGAAGUUAAUGAUGAGUUGGAUACCCAGAAUUUUGAGAAGUUUGAAGAGAGUGAUAAUCAAAUGACGACCACAACAAAAUCAGGUCCAUGGAGGAAGAUGCUUCCGUCUAAGGAUGUCAACUUCGUGGGCUACACAUAUAAAAACUUCGAAAUCGUGAACGAUCAUGAGGUUCCUGGAAUUGCUGAAUUGAAGAAGAAGAGUACAAAACCUAAGAGGCCCACUGUGAAGUCCCUUUUCAAUGAAGAGUCGGAUUCUGCUUCGGCUCAACCUGCUCAAGGGAGCUUUCUCAACCUGUUGCCUCGACAACUAGAAAUCUCGAAAAAGGGCGAACCCGUCUAA